GAACUACAAGCUCCAUUUGACUGUGCUGCUCACAUUAAUGAUGCUCUGUGUGAUUCCCAAUCUCUUGUUUUUAAUGCUAAGUGUGCCUUCUCUUACUUUUAUAAACACAGAAAAUGUUAACAAGCAAGAAAAGCUGUUUUUAAGUUCGAUGGGUCUCUCGAGUCGCCCAAAACCUUCACAUCAGGCUCCAGUGCCGUCUCUGCUGUGGAAACUGUUCAAGAAGGGCAACAAACUGACCUCGGCGUCCGACAGCGAUCCGUGUGUGGUGUCAGAGUAUGGAGUCAGAGGAAAUAUUGUCCGGUUCAUCCAGGAUCAAGGUAGCCUGAUAUCUGCUCCGGCCGUCCACUGCUUUAAUUGUGUGAGAAAGCAUCUGUUUUUCAACAUGUCGGUGCUGGAGGAUGUUGAGCAGCUCUCCUUUGCUCAGCUGGAAAUGAAGUUCAAACAGGAUCUGUCUCACCUGGGACCGCAUGUUUUCAGCGUGGACCUGUACAGGGUUUUGAGGACCACGUUGAAAGGAGUGACUCACGAGUCCAGCCGUAAACUACUCCUGUCUCAGUCGCUCGGGCCUGGUGCGCACGCUUCUGUGCACGUCAAUCUGACCGAUCUGGCAGAAACCUGGAGAAAACCAGGUAAGAACUACGGGAUGCAAGUGGAGUUUCAGCUCAAGCACUUGAGCAACGUGCUUCAGGAGCAUGCAUAUGUGAAAAACCCACAUUCAGCUGUGCAGAUUGCUCCGAUGCCAGAGUUGCACUCGUCUCUGGUGGCGGUGUCGUUGAAUCCGCUUCAGUGCAGGUCCAGGAGAAAGAGAAGCGCUGCGUAUUACUUACCUGUGACGCCCAGUAACGUGUGCAAACCCAGAAGACUCUACAUUGACUUCAAAGACGUGGGCUGGCAGGACUGGAUCAUUGCACCUCAGGGGUAUUUGGCCAAUUACUGCCACGGAGAGUGUCCUUUCCCUCUGAGUGAAAGUUUGAAUGGGACCAACCACGCCAUCCUGCAGACGCUGGUCCAUUCGUUUGAUCCUAAAGGGACGCCUCAGCCCUGCUGCGUUCCCAUCAAACUGUCCCCCAUCUCCAUGCUGUAUUACGACAAUAACGAUAAUGUGGUGCUGAGACAUUAUGAAGACAUGGUGGUGGAUGAGUGUGGAUGCAGAUGAACUCCGAUUCAUUUUAAAUGCUGAAGUACAUAUCUUAAAUACUUGUUCAGUGAUGAUGUGGUUCUAUUUGGUCUUGGAUGUACAAGAGCUGUAAUUUGUAAAAAAAAUAAACUUCAUUUUAUAAUUGA